UAGUAGCCUCUUCUUUUGCGCAAGCUGCUUGCCGCAGGUUGCGUCUACAGCUCGGUACGCUCCCUAGACAUGAGUGAAACGCACUGACAAACAUAAGCUAUCGGCUGCCGAUUCUCGUAAGGCCGGAAAAAUGAAGGUCGCCUUAGUCAACAUCGCACUCAUUGUCGUCGUGAUUAUUGUCACAGAAGUGCAGCUCGCUAAAGCAAGAAGUAUACGCAAUACGAGUAGCAGCCGAGGACGGCAACGAGAGUCAACUCCUUCGAGAACACAAAGAAAACCUACUGGAACUGGGAACUUACGAAAGCCAUCAGGGUCGCGGAAACCGAGAGGACCUAGACUUCUCGUCAGAAAGCCAGGGGCACAAGUUUCAGCUGGUCGAAACAAACCAUCACAUGGGAGGGGACGUGUCUCAAAGAAACCUAAGAGGAAACCGGGUGGCCGGAAUCAAGCAACUAACAGGCAUCCACAACGCCAAACACCACCAGAACCUGUGGAAACUGGAACUCAACCCUCGCCCUCUGCGACCGAACAGCAGCACCAUGGAAUGGAAACUAUGGGCGAUGGAAACGGCGGCAACAUGGGUAUGAUGGGUGGAGGUAUGAUGGGCGGAGGCAUGAUGGGCGGAGGAAUGAUGGACCCGAUGAUGAUGGGCGGUGGAAUGAUGGGUGCGGGCAUGACGGACCCGACGAUGAUGGGUGGAGGAAUGAUGGGCGGCAUGGGCUAUGGUGCAUACGGCCUACCUGGACUGAUAGAUCAAGUAGGAAAUACGUUGUCUAGUGCGGCAGUCGACAUAACGAAGGCGGUUAUCAAUUCGAGACCACCUCCAGAUUCGAGCGUUAGCGACACAGCUUCUACAGACUCAAACACAGACAAAGAGGAAAAAAAAGACGAAAAGACAGAAAAUCCAAAGGAGGAGGACAAACGUGAUGACGAAGGUGGUAAGGCAGAAAAAGAAGAUAAGUCCGAUAAGAACGACAAAAACCAAGUGGAAACGCCUGUGACAGACAAAAAACAAGGUAACUCAAAGAAGAACGACGAAGAAGCAUCUGGAAAGGCUGGGACAUAAAAAGAAACAGGCUCUUGAGACUGAGACAUCGCGAACACCUUGGACAUAUUCUUUCUCGAUUGUUAUGAAGACAUUCCGAACGCAUACCUGUGAAGACCACUGGAGACCGCCCGGGUACAUGUCGACAAUAAAGUAUAUUUUGAUUUUA